AUGUCAAUAAUUGAACAAGCAAGUAAUAAUAUCUAUCAUUGGUUUACUAUUGAUUUAGAACAUCGUAAUGGAAAUUUGGCUUUGAGUGAAACUAAACAACAUCAAAAUCAACAUCAACAUCAACAUCAACAUUCAAAUGAUUUUUUUUCUAUUAAUGACAAACGAAAUGAACUAGUCAAUCAACCAUCAUAUGAAAUGAAUAGUCUUAAAAAAAGUAGUGAAUUUCUUGUAUUGGAUUGGACCGGUCAUCAACAUAUUUUUCGAGAACAAGAUCCAAUUAAAUGUGAUUUUUCUUAUAUAACUCGUGAUUAUUGUGUAUCAAAAUUUAAAUCACUAACAAAUGAUAUUCUCCGUUUAAAUCUUACUGAAAGAUGUAUUCGUUUAUUUACAUUGACUGUACGUUGGACAGAUGAUCAAUCACGUUUAAAAGAAGCUGAUCUUAUAUCAUAUCAUUCCAUUCAUAUGCCAUCAAAUAAUUUACCAAAAUUAGAACGUAAUGAUAAACGACAACAAUAUUCAACUGUUUAUGUACUUGAAAGUGAAAUACAUUCAUCUGGUGGUCAUGAUUGGCAUGAAAUUGAUUUUCCCAUGUGGUAUAAUUUAGAACAUUCAUAUCCUGAACCAGCUACAUAUUUCGAUAUAAAAACAUAUCUUGAUAAAUUAUUUGCACCUGUUCGAGUACCAUUUUCAAAAAAAACUAAAUCAGCACCAAUUAUAUGGAUUAUAUCAAAUUGUAAUGCUUAUAAUGGUCGUCAAUCAUUAGUUCGACAAUUAAUGUCAUACAUUCCUAUUGAUUCAUUUGGUGGUUGUCUUAAUAAUGCUAAAUCUGCUGAAGCACAAACACGUGCACAAUCAAAUUCCGAAUUAUAUGCAUCAUAUAAAUUUGUUAUAUCAAUUGAAAAUUCCAAUUGUGAAGAUUAUGUUACAGAAAAAUUAAUUGAUGCAUUAUCAUCAACAGCUGUACCUAUUGUUGCUAGUCGUGAUAGAAAACCUGAUUAUACACGUUUUGCACCAAAUCAUUCAUAUAUAAAUGUAUAUGAUUAUAAAACAGUAAAAGAAUUAGCUGAUCAUUUAAAUUAUUUAUCAAAUAAUGAAACAGCUUAUAAUGAAUAUCUUUGGUUUAGACGGCCACCAGCAAAUAAAUAUGCGACAUCAGGCAUUACUGAACGAUCAUUAGGUGAAAAUCUUCGUUUAGCUGAUGAAAUAUUGGGCAAAAAUGCCACGAUGCGUCAAUGGCUAUUAGCUAAGGAAGCUAGUAUUAAUAAAUAUUGUAAAUUGGUAAAAUUUAUUCAUACAACAUAUUGGAAAUUAAUUUAUAAACGCAAAAAAAGUAAUCGACCAACUCCAAAUGAAGUUUGUUUACCAGCGAAUGAUAUAGCUAUAUAUUUUGCUAAUUCAUCUGUUGCUAUUGUAGCUGCUUAA